AACAACAACAACCUCCUCAUUGUUGCAGCUGAGAUGAUCCACAGUCUGUUCCUGGUGAAUCACACAGGAGACAUUUUCCUGGAGAAACACUGGAAAAGUGUCAUCAGUCGGAGUGUGUGUGACUACUUCUUCGAGGCGAAGGAGAAGGCUGUGGAGCCAGAGAAUGUGCCCCCUGUCCUGCAGACCCCACACCACUAUCUCAUCACCAUAUACAGGGGCAAGCUCUUCUUCCUCUCUGUCAUCCAGACUGAAGUCCCUCCACUGUUUGUCAUCGAGUUCCUGCACAGAGUGGCAGACACUUUUCAGGACUACUUUGGAGAAUGCUCAGAAGGUGUGAUCAAAGACAACGUGGUGAUAGUGUAUGAGCUGUUGGAGGAGAUGCUUGACAACGGCUUUCCAUUGGCAACAGAGUCCAAUGUCCUCAAAGAGAUGAUCAGGCCUCCCACCAUCCUGCGAUCAGUCGUCAAUACGCUCACAGGAAGUAGUAAUGUUGGAGACACACUGCCAACUGGUCAACUAUCCAGUAUCCCAUGGAGGCGGGCUGGUGUUAAAUACACGAAUAAUGAGGCAUAUUUUGAUGUGAUAGAGGAAAUAGAUGCCAUUCUGGACAAAUCAGGUACAACCGUAUUUGCAGAGAUUCAGGGUGUAAUUGAAGCCUGCGUGAGGCUCACUGGGAUGCCUGACCUCACUCUAUCUUUCAUGAAUCCUCGUCUUCUCGACGAUGUGAGUUUUCACCCAUGUGUGCGGUUUAAGCGCUGGGAGUCGGAGCAAGUCCUCUCUUUCAUCCCGCCCGAUGGAAACUUCACGCUCAUGAGCUAUCACGUUAGCUCUCAGAAUCUAGUGGCCAUGCCAGUGUACGUGAAGCAGAACAUCAGUUUCUUUGAGACGGGACCUUGUGGUCGCCUGGACAUCACGAUUGGACCCAAGCAGACCAUGGGGAAGACGGUGGAGGGCUUGAUGGUCACCAUCCAUAUGCCUAAAGCUGUGCUCAGCGCCAACCUCACACCCACGCAGGGAAACUACACCUACGACCUCGCUACCAAGGUUUUGGUUUGGGACAUCGGGAAACUGAACCCUCAGAAGCUUCCUAACCUGCGAGGCACUCUGAGUAUGCAGUCAGGAGCCCCCAAACCUGAAGAUAACCCCUCACUCAACAUCGACCUGAAGAUACAGCAGCUGGCCAUAUCAGGUCUAAAGGUGAGUCGUCUUGACAUGUAUGGAGAGAAGUACAAACCAUUCAAAGGGGUCAAAUAUUUGACUAAAGCAGGGAAAUUCCAAGUGCGGACCUGAAGUAUGUCCCUCAGACGCCAAAAGUCAACAAUCAAAUGUGCCAAAUACUGGGCACGGUCAGCUCUCUAAGAAGUCUUACAUAUCCUGCAGCUCGUUGUUAUUAAUGAACCAUUUUGCAUUCUAACAGUUAUUUAUUUUGUGUCUGGCAUUACAUAUACACGAAAGGAUGUUUUUUGUGGCCUGUAAAGGGAAGCCUUUAUAAUCAGUGUGACCUUAUUAGUUUCUUUCUAGCUUAAAUAUUUUGCAUUCCUCUUUCUUUUUUGAUAAUGUCACAUAGUAUUUUUUCUUUUUCUUCUUUUGUGCUUUCAUUUAACACAUUUUAAGUGUUGCCUAAGGGGAAUAUUUGGGUUUGAAAAGGGACACUUGCAGCUCACAGCCUACACAUGCACAAGCUCCCCAGCACAUCACCUCGCUCCUCACCACACCACCACACCUAGGAAAGCUUACUUGCAUGUCACCUGUGAGUUGCAUAUUAUGAUAUAAGGUAACCAAUUUUAUACUUAUAUAUUUGUUUAUUUUUGAAAAAUCUAAUGUAUCUUGAAUAGCUGCGGUGAUUCUUGAGACACUGCGCAGGUAUUUUUGCACACAUUCACUCUUCAAUGUGGCCUUGUGAAGUUAAAGUGGUCUGUUAAGCACACUACAGCACAAUCUGUGUGUUUUUUAGGCCUGAGGGAAGUAUAUUAUGAAAAUAUAUCUUAUGUCUAAGGUACCUUGUUUGCCCCAAGUGAUAUCUGCACAUUGAGUUGACUGUUCCUGCUGAAAGAUCAGGACUUGUCAUCAGUGUAUGAUUAACUGUGGGACCGAAUGCAAGCACUCGCGUAGAAAUCUGCAGGAUCCUCACAAUCUUGAAUUUCCUUACACAGCACAGCAAUUGCACAAUCACCAUCCAUGUGGAAAAUACUACUUAAAGCUCUUGUGUGAAUUUGAAUCUGUAUUUCAGUGUAUAAGAUGUCUUAUAAAGCUUUGAAAUGAC